AUGAUCAUAACUAACUCCAAAACUGAUACAUGCGACCAUAGGGUGUGGAGAACAGGACUUCCCGUCCGCUCAGCCGUACUUAAGCCGCCUAUUGUGCAAGGCCAAUUCUCAAAGCGCCCUCGAUACCGCUGCCGUCCUAAAACAGCGGAUGCAAUGGGUCCUAGGGCCAUCCUUCACGGUGUUGCCGACGGUGCCUUUAAAGGCUAUGAUAUCGUAGAGCAAGUUCUUGCCACGAAACCUCCUAAAGGCAGAGAGUUAUUAAUAUUUAACUAG